AACAACUUUCUACAUCGGAUGGUAAUACUAUGUUAACCUUUUUUGAUCUAACGGUUUAUCAGAAUUUUCCGCAGGUUGGAUGUGAACCUGCUUGGUUUAAUCGGCUACAAACCCUAUUAACUGUUGAUAUCGCCUCAAAAGAACUGAGAUAA